ACGCAGUUAUGUUCUGUGGUCCAAAUGUAAAUGCAUGUGCAUGUCGAAAUUGUUGGUCAGAUAUUUUUGAGUUAAUUUGAGUUAAUUUUUGAGAUUAAUUUUGAUUCCCAUUAAUAUAUUUCCACACAAUUGAAAAAUAACGUUGUCACAUAGCCCAUUCCUUGUUUACUUCACAUAUCUAACUAUGAGUGAUGAUGAUAGAGAUAUAGAUGUGGAAAGUGAUGAAGGAGAGGACUCUGAUUCCAGACAACCCAACAUACAAAGACAAAGCUCAGGCAAUCAAUACUACUCUCAAGCUGAGAAAAGAGCUCAUCACAAUGCUCUCGAAAGAAAAAGGAGAGAUCAUAUCAAAGAUAGUUUUAGUAGUUUACGGGAUACAGUACCUGCUUUAAAUGGUGAAAAAGUAGCCAGUCGAGCUCAAAUUUUGAAAAAAGCUGCUGAAUAUAUUAUGCUAAUGAGAAAAAAAAAUUCUUCUCAUCAGAGAGAUAUUGAUGAUUUAAAACGACAGAAUAAUCUACUAGAAGCUCAAAUUAAUCAAUUAGAAAAGGCCAAAGCAGCAGGGGUUUAUAGUUUUGAUUCAGGUGACAGGGAAAGUUAUAAUGAAAGUGAAACUGAUACAUCAGAUGGAGAGAUUCCUAUACAAAAAAAAAUCAAAAAAACAAAAAUUUCUCACUAUUAAUCUUUGAUGAGUGACAGAAUUUAAGAGGUACUGUCAAGAAUCCGAUUCCUCCAAGAGUGAUAUGGUUUUUAUUUUCAUUUUUAUUAUUGUUAUAAAAGUAGUAUUAUAUUUGUUUUACAUUCAUUAUAAUACAGACUGAGCUUUAACUUUCUGUAAAUUGCUUAUUAUAAGAUUAUUUUUUA